AUGUCAUUGAACGAUUUGCCAAUCGAGUUGACGCUCUUAGUAGCAUCACAUCUCUCCAAAGCUGGCGACAUCAGCAGAUUCUCCAGGGUUUGCCGCCGCUUCCACACACAAUUAACGCCUCGCCUCUACCGCGACGGCGGAGACUCCACAUGCCUCUACUGGGCGGCAAGGAGCAACAUUCCAGGGACUCUCGAACGAGCGGCUCAAGCGGGCACUGACAUUAAAGAUUUCGGAUCCGUGCUUCUUCGCAUCGCCAUAGAUUAUGGCAGUGAACUCGUUUUUCAACGUCUUAUAGAUGAUUACCAAGCUGAUCCUAAGACUUGCGACUUUUACGAUGGACGCACACCACUCACAGCCGCGGUCAGAGGACAACAAGUAUGGGCCGUCAAGAAGAUACUCGAAAGUGGUGCUGAUCCAUCCGGCCAAGCUGGCAACAUCUAUGCGCACGGCACUCCUUUGCACCUUGCUGCCAAGAAUGGCCACAUGGAGAUUUCUAGGCUUCUAGUUGAUGCUGGUGCUGACUUAAGCAUAGAAGAUGGACGUCGGAGGACGCCAUUAUACAUUGCACUUACCGAAGGGCACGUUAAAAUGGCGUCCUUGUUUCUGGAUCAUGGUGCCGACCCGGCAACGCUAGACAGCGCUGGCCGCACUGCUUUAGAAACGGCCCUGUGGGCUGGCUGCCGUGUCGACAUGAUUAAGAUGCUUCUUCAGAGAGGAUUACUCGAUAUCUUGAAGACGGCUCGCAGGGCAGCCGUGAUGGAUCGGGUGUUCAGAGAUGGAAAGCCGGAACUCACAGAGCUCUUUCUGGAAAAAGCGGCCGACGCGAAAUGCAACGUAGGUCAUGAAUUUUCUCUUAUUGCGGCCGCCAGGAAUGGCCGUACAGAAAUCGUCAAGCUCCUGCUACUGCGCGGUGUUGCCGUUGAUGCCAGGGCGAAUACGGAACGGACCGCUCUGGAUUAUGCGUUAACAACUUUCCAUUUUGACACUGCCAAGCUACUCAUCGAAGAAGGAGCAGAGCUGUGCUGCAUGGGCAAGCUCAGCCAAGGGCCUUUGCGGAAUUCGAUUGUCAAGGAUCACGUGGAACUAGUUCGAAUGCUCUUAGCUAGAGGAGCAGACAUGCAUACUCCUAACGAGCAGGGCCAGACGCCGCUGGCGGAUGCUGUGCUUUGCAGAAGCAUCAAAGUCACCAGGCUUUUGCUCGAGCACGGCGCAAAUAUCAACGAUAUAAGCGCCGGCCAGCCAUUACUAAGUACUGCGGCAAUGGGAGAAGAUUUCGCAACUGUAAGUCUUUUGCUGGAUUUUGGGGCCGAUCCGUCCGAUUUCGAUGAGGAUUUGUGCACACCUCUACAUAUCGCGGUAGAAAAGGAAAACUUUGACAUCGCCAAGCUUCUUCUCGAUCACGGCGCUAACCCUUCCGCCGUCGACCACAACGGAGUCACGCCACUAUUUGGAGCGGCACAAGAUGGGUCCUUUGAUAUCGUUAAGGAUCUUCUGGAACGAGGAGCAGACGCUUGCGUCGUCUGUGCAAAUGGAUGGACGCCGAUAUUGAAAGCCGCAUCCCGUGGGCAUUUAGACGUUGUGAAUCAUCUAGUCCAGAACGGCGCCGAUUUAGAAAAAGCAAAUAACUACGGCUACACGCCGCUAUUAGCAGCUUCUGAAUAUGGUCAUAUCGAGGUAUUGGAGAAACUACUUGAAAAGGGUGCCGACAUCAAGGUUUGCAACGCAGCUGGUCUAAGCCCAAUAGCAAUAGCAAGCAAAAAUGGGUACAGUCAAAUCGUGGAGAGGUUGCUUGCCGUUAAGGGAGUAGAUGCUAUUCAACUGGAUUUAGAUGGGCGGUCUGCUUUUCACCACGCGGUUAUGCGAGGGCAUGAGUCGGUAGUUAAACUGCUUCUUGACGCGGGCGCUAUCUCAUUCACCAAAGAUCGGUGGGAAGCUACGCCGCUUAUCUUGGCUGCGAGGAAUGGCCAUGCAGCUUUUUUAAAGCUUCUACUCGACAUGAAGGGUGCUAAUAUUCACGAGACGGAUGUGUUUGGCCUGUCGGCGUUGCAAUGGGCAGCUCGCUGCGUUGAACCAGCAGCUAUGGAAGUUCUCUUGGCUUACUCGCGGGCAAGCGGAGUUGGUGUGACAGUGGAAGAUGUUUGUGAAGGUGAAAAGGUAAAGUUUAGGCCAUUGACGUGCUUUUGCGAUGCCUGUGGGCGUUGCACAACGUUUGGGCAGGAAACUCCCGCACAAGUGUGUAGAGACUGCGCCAUGGGAGACGAAUUAGUCUUUUUGAUAUGUUCAUUCUGUGUGGAACGGGGGGCUCAGUGUCGUUCUCUGGAUCAUUCUUGGACACCAUAUACUUGUUCUGGACACGAGGAGCUGAGUGACGAUGACUUGAGCGAGUGGGGACAGGACGACUAUGAGAGUGAGGUCGAGAGUGAUGACGAGAGUGCAGGUGAAGAGAACGAAGAUGAAGUUUCAUAA